AUGUCCUUCCCCCAGCUCGGAUACCAGUACAUCCGUCCGCUCUACCCACCCGAGCGCCCGGGGGCCGCCAGCGGCGGCGGCAACGCUGGGGCCCGGAGCGGCCCAGGAGCCGGAGCCUCGGAGCUGGCCGCCUCCGGGUCCCUGUCCAACGUGCUCUCCUCCGUGUACGGGGCGCCCUAUGCCGCGGCGGCAGCGGCUGCCGCAGCCGCCCAAGGCUACGGUGCCUUUCUGCCCUACGCCGCCGAGCUGCCCAUCUUCCCGCAGCUGGGCGCGCAGUACGAGCUGAAAGACAGCCCGGGGGUGCAGCAUCCGGCCGCGGCCGCCGCGUUUCCGCACCCGCACCCCGCCUUCUACCCGUAUGGCCAGUACCAGUUCGGGGACCCGUCCCGUCCCAAGAACGCCACCCGGGAAAGCACUAGCACGCUCAAGGCCUGGCUCAACGAGCACCGCAAGAACCCCUACCCCACCAAGGGCGAGAAGAUCAUGCUGGCCAUCAUCACCAAGAUGACCCUCACCCAGGUGUCCACCUGGUUCGCCAACGCGCGCCGGCGCCUCAAGAAAGAGAACAAGAUGACUUGGGCGCCCCGCAGCCGCACCGACGAGGAGGGCAACGCCUACGGGAGCGAGCGCGAGGAGGAAGACGAGGAGGAGGAUGAAGAAGACAGCAAACGCGAGCUGGAGCUGGAGGAGGAGGAGCUCGUGGGGGAGGAGGAGGACACGGGGGGCGAGGGCCUGGCGGACGACGACGAGGACGAGGAGAUCGAUUUGGAGAACUUAGACGGUGCGGCCACGGGGCCUGAGCUCGCCUUGGCUGGGGCGGAGCACAGGGACGGCGACCUCGGCCUGAGACCCAUUUCAGACUCCAAGAAUAGCGACUCGGACGACAGCUCGGAGGGCCUGGAGGAGCGUCCACUGCCGGUGUUGAGUCUGGCCCCAGCGCCACCGCCGGUGGCCGCGGUCCCGCCGUCUCCGCCCUCGCCGCCUGCGGGCCUGGACCCCUGCGCUCCGGCGCCAGCGCCCGCCUCAGCCCUGCAGAAGCCCAAGAUCUGGUCCCUGGCCGAGACGGCCACAAGCCCGGACAACCCGCGCCCCUCGCCUCCGGGCGCCGGGGGUUCUCCCCCUGGAGCCGCCGUCGCGCCCCCAGCCCUGCAGCUCUCUCCAGCCGCCGCGGCCGCCGCGGCUCACAGACUCGUCUCGGCGCCUCUGAGCAAGUUCCCCGCUUGGACCAACCGGCCGUUCCCAGGCCCGCCGCCGGGGCCCCGCCCGCACCCACUCUCCCUGCUCGGCUCGGCCCCUCCACACCUGCUGGGACUUCCCGGAGCCUCGGGCCACCCGGCCGCCGCCGCCGCUGCCUUCGCUAGGCCGGCGGAGCCCGAGGGCGGAACAGAUCGCUGUAGUGCCUUGGAAGUGGAGAAAAAGUUACUCAAGACAGCCUUCCAGCCCGUGCCCAGGCGGCCCCAGAACCACCUGGAUGCCGCUCUGGUCCUCUCGGCUCUCUCCUCGUCUUAGUACUUAUUUUUAAAAAAUUUUAAAUCGUU